CCUGGGCAUUAAAAUAAAAGAGAAAGCCACACCUACAACGCGAUGUACUAAAACUGAGGAAACUUUCAUUUCUGUUUAGACGCAGUUCAGGACUCCAGGACUCUUAUUUUAAACCGACUUUUCACAGCCAUGAAAGAACUUCUGCUUGUUGCUGUGGUGGCUCUGAUUCACGGCACCUCUGCAACUUUGGUGAUUAAAGGGCCAACAGAGCCAAUUCUGGAGGGAGAGCCAGUCAAACUGGAAUGCCUCUACAUGGAUUCAGACCUUAAUGUGACCCAGGUCCACUUUGAGUUCCAACAUCCAGGCUCAGAAUAUUGGCGCAGAAUUUGGGGGUCAUCAUUGAGGCGUUAUUAUUAUUGCUUCUAUGGACGAUGGUCAGACAGCAUGGAGGAGGAGCAGAACAGCACUAGACUUCUGGAUAUUCCCUAUCCGAUGAUGUACUCUGGAGUGGCCUUCCGCUGCGUGUCGGACAAUGAGAACGUGACGGCGCCAGACAACGUCUCUCAGCCGCUGACCUUUAAAGUCCAGUAUUUGAGAGAGCCGUUGCUGUAUAUGGAAGGCUACAGCAGGUACCUGAGCGCCCCGGAGCAGCUGAAGGUGCGACCUGGAGAUGACGUAGUGGUGAAGUGCUCCGCCGGCUCCUCAGAGGAGCCGAACUACUACUGGACCAAAGAGGGUGAUGACUGGAUCUUGCCUUCCUCCACUCUGACAGUGAAGAAGGUGAGCAUGCAGGAUGAAGGACAGUACACUUGCAUGGUUGAGCAUCCUUCGGUGAAGUCCCUCAACAAGAAGCGCACCAUCAGUAUCAGCCUCCUGCCCGAGGACGUCGCCUGGUUUAAGACUACGGUCGGACACCUCUGGUUGACGACCUCGGCCGCGGCGGUGUCUCUCCUCGUGUUCAUCCUGUCUUUGACUGCGUUCCUGUGCCGCAGGGCCAAGCGGAUCAGGACAAGCAAGGGGCCCAUUGAUGACCGCUCGCAGAAAAAGCCCAUUUACAAAUCAAGUGUGGAAUCUCUUCCCUCCACCUGCACCGACAACCAGCCCCUGGUGUGACGGCACAGGCGGGUGGAUUGAUGAGAAUGAGGGGAGGAGGAGGUUGGAGCAACAGAUGAGAAAGAUGGAGCGGGCGACCAAAGAAUGAGAGAUAUACACACGUGUCAAAAGGGAGGUAGAUAAAAUAGCGGGGAUAUUGGAAGUCUGCAGAACAGAAUCAAAAUUAGUAACAAGCUGGGCGUAUAAAUAAUCACGAAGGCCAAAUGAUUGCUUUAAAGAUGCUGAAGCAGCUUUGCUUGUAAGUGUAGGCUGCAGUUACACAUAUUGAACAGAAAGGUUUGGUCAUUUUCCUUUCAUUUACUCUGCAGCGUGGAAAAAUGGUGAGCUACAUCCUUAGCAAGACGAUGAUGAAGAACCUUGCGUAUUUGUAAAAGCAGGGAAAUUUCCCUUCUCUCCUUUCAGUUGCAAAUGUAAUAGUCCGCACUGUGUAUUAUAAACUGAACUGGGUGGUAGAACUGGGUUUUAUUUUGUUGACUGCAUCUCCCUCUCAGCUCUUGGUUUCCAAACGCAGAAGCAGCUCAAACUGUUUGAAAAAGGUUUUUAUCGUCUCUGUAUUGUGGCAGCACUCGAGCACUUUGCGUUCUGAAACUGUACGUUGAAUUUCUUUGAUAUUA